CCUUCCGCGCCGGGCUGGCGGUGACGGGUAAUUGAAGAGAUGCCGUUCGCCGAGAAUGGCCAGGUGGCUGUGAGAGUGAGCGAACUCUCGGAGAGACAAUCAGUCAAUUCAGGCCGGUCUUAUCAGGAAAGUUGCAAUGGAGGGGACAAAACAGUCAAGAGUCUCUCGUCCACACAAGAUCAGCGAAUCAUCAAAGGUAUACAGAUGGGCUGAUCAUUCUAGUGUCAUCCUUCAGGGGCUAAAUGAGCAGAGACAGAAGGGACUGUUCUGUGAUAUCGUGCUUGUGGCAGAUGAACAGAGAGUGUCAGCCCACAGGAAUCUAUUGGCUGUUUACAGUGACUAUUUUAACUCUAUGUUUACAAUUGGAAUGAGGGAAGCUUAUCAAGAAGAAGUUGAGUUGGUUGGAGCCUCUUACAUAGGUCUGAAAGCUGUGAUUGACUUUCUAUAUAGCAGCGAGCUCCCUUUAGAUGGUGGAAACAUUGACUAUGUGCUGGAAACUGCUCAUCUUUUGCAAAUUUGGAAAGUAGUGGAUUUUUGUUGCGAGUACCUGGAGAAUGAAGUUAGUGAAGAAAACUACCUUUAUCUUCAAGAACUAGCCUCAAUUUAUGACCUGGAGCGACUGGACUGUUACAUCGAUAGUUUUAUUCUGCAUGGUUUUGGUACACUUUCCUUCACUCCAGAAUUUUUGCAGAACAUAUCUGUGCAAAAACUUUGUCUUUAUUUGGACAGCAACAAUGUGCAACAUGAAUGUGAGCAUGAUUUGCUACAGGCUGCACUGCAGUGGCUAACACAGAGUCCUGAUCGAGUGCAAGAUGCUCGCCUUGUCCUCAGAAACAUCCAUUUCCCACUUAUACCUAAAAGUGAUCUAUUGCAACGUGUUAAACCAGCAGUGUGCUCCCUACUUCCCAAAGAAGCAAAUUGUGAAAUGUUUUUGGAAGAAGCAAUAUAUUAUCAUAAUAACAUUACAAAACAACCAGUACUUCAGAACAAACGUUCUGCCCUUCGCUCGGAUAUUGAAAGACUGUUGUUUAUUGGUGGGGAGGUGUCAGAACGUGGAGAAGAGCUAAGUGAUGAUAUGUGCUUCUUUGAUGCAACAAAAGGGCAAUGGUUUUCUGAAACAAUGCUGCCUGCAAGACGGAGCCAUCAUUGUGUCACUGUCUUUGGAGGAUUUAUCUUUAUGGCAGGUGGAAGCUCAUCUCGUGAUAAUGGAGGUGAUGCAGCUUCAAACAUCCUUUAUAGAUAUGAUCCUAGAUGUAAUCAGUGGUUCAAGGUUGCUCCCAUGAAUCAGAGACGAGUGGAUUUUUACUUGGAUGCCUUUGCAAACUUUCUGAUCGCUGUCGGAGGAAGAAAUGAAAAUGGUGCUCUGUCUUCUGUGGAAAUCUAUGACCCUAAUAAUGAUUCCUGGUCCUAUGUCGCUGGCCUACCAAGGUUUACAUAUGGCCAUGCUGGUUCAAUAUAUAAAGAAUUAGUGUACAUCUCAGGAGGUCAUGAUUACCAGAUUGGACCCUACAGAAAGAAUCUUCUUUGCUAUGACUAUCGAACUGAUGUUUGGGAAGAAAAACGACCAAUGAUAACAGCUCGAGGAUGGCAUUGCAUGUGCACACUGCAGGAUCAUAUCUAUGCAAUAGGUGGCAGUGAUGAUCACAUUGAGUCUAUGGAGAGGUUUGAUAUUUUAAGUGUGGAAUGUUACAGCCCACAGUAUAAUCAAUGGACUAGAGUUGCCCCUCUCUUGCAGGCCAACAGUGAGUCAGGAGUGGCAGUUUUGAAUGGAAAAAUUUAUAUUCUCGGUGGUUACAGCUGGGAGAAUACAGUGUUUUCAAAAGCUGUGCAGAUAUAUAACAGGGUUGAGAAUAAGUGGCACCGUGGCCCAGACCUCCCAAAAUUAAUUGCAGGAGUGUCAGCAUGUAGUUGUGUGCUUAAACCUUGGUCCCCAGAGAAGAAGCUAAAGACUAAACACUAGGAUUUAUAGUAGAUUGUAACCAGUUCAAAAAGGCACAACCUCAGGAUGUCUGUUAGUUUGAUUUGAACUCAUUGUGAUGUAGAAAAAGCAUUAAACAAUCCUAACUACUGUUGUAUUUCUGCCAUUUGGCAGUAUUGUUUGAAAAGAACCAUCAGUUAUUGCUAUGUAUAUUGCUGUGAAAAUGCAUAAUACAUUGCUAUCUGUGAUAUAUAGAAACUGAAACUACUGUGCGAAGGAUCCUGAAAUGUGAACAUUAGUUUUUUUUUUAAAUAUAUUAAGAACAAUAUCUUGAGUAGGCUGGGGGUUGGAUUAAUAAGUACUUUCUCCUUUCAACCAAAGUUAGCUAUAUAAUGUUGCUUCUAAGUAUAUUUGGGGAAGUAAUUUAUUUAAAAAGCCACAUCAAAUCUUAAGUUAUUUGUGCAUGUGCAUGAAUGAGUGGCAUGCAUGCUUGGGCUUCUGAGCAGUCUGGCCUAAUUUUUAUUUAUCUCAAUUCUACCAGGCUCAAUGUGACUACAUUUGUGUGUUUGCUAAGAUAUGGGGUAUUUUGUUGGAAUGGCCAAACUGGAUGUGUAAGAUAAGCAGUGUUAAGGCAAAUGCUUGAAUCACUUGAAAGGGUAGUGUUACAAGCAUAAUAUAGUAUGAGUCUCAGCCUCCGUCUCCUAGCUGGCAGUCAAGUGUGUUUUAUUUCUAAAGUAGCAAUCAGCUGUUUUACGGGUCAGUAAGUGCAACAAUAAAAUGGAAUGAUCACCAAUCUACACAAUCACCAAUUCAGAGGAGUUUUAAACAAUAAUGAAGUGGCUUUGUGUAUUUUUUUAAAUCAUAUUUUCUUUUACGCUCACAUCUCUGCCAGUGUUGUCUUUCGAUGGAAGCUGCAGAAACUCAAAUGCUUUCCUGCCGUGGUUAAAAUUAGAAACAUUCCUGUCUAGAAUGAAGUUCCACUGAAGUAUGAAUGUUCUGCAGGUUAUGUUAUACUUUUUAAAAUGUUCUUUAAGAUGAGAAUCAAAAUCCAUGAUUCUAAAAAUAUUUUAAGGAAUAAUAGUAUUUUUUUCUCAUGAGACAUCGCUAAAUAGUUGAGAAAUUAUCAGCAUUUUCUGCAUAUCGGACUAUUCUAACAGUGUGUUCAAGCACAAAAAUCUGAAAUCUAAAUGUAAGAUUGCAUUUUUUUUGUCUUUCAAAAUAUAAAGCACAUAUAUUUCAAUGUUUUGUAACAAACACCUGAACAUUAUGAAAUUUAGCAAUAACAUACAUGUAAGGCUUUUAGAUUUCUAAAGAUUUUUAGACUUUUAACAAUAUGCUUAUACAACUCAGCAUGUUUUUGAGAGCACAAGUCCUGCGGUAUCCUUUUCAGUGUACCUUUUUAACAAUAUGCAUUAAAAAUUUGUAAAGCCCUCCUCUUUCUGUCCCCCCUGCGCGCACAAACAAUUCAAAGGAGUAAAUGCAACAAAUUUGGAUGAUUAUUAAUGGAAAGACUUUUAUAUGUCACCAUAGUUACUGAUCUUACCUUAAGUCAUUAAGAAGUGUACUAAGUUUUUUUUAUGGAAGGCAGCUUUUUUUAAUAUUAUUUUUAAAACUAUAGCUGAGGACUAACUGAGCCUGUUGCACAUUACUGUAUGGGAGCUGAAUGGAUGGGUAGGACCCAGGGCUGCAUUUGCAAAGGCUCUUCAUUUCAUGUCUGAUGAUUUUAGCACAGUGCAAUUCUUUUCUUACCUGCCUUUCAUACUUGCCAUUUGUAGGAAUACAAAAACUGACAAGAACAUCUGCCUUUUGAUGCAAUUCUUCACAUUUCUUUGCUAAUUUGUAUAUUUUCUGAAGGGUACCAAGGAGAAAUGCUUGCACAUUUGAUUUUGUUUUAAAUAAGCACUUUCCAAGACAGAGGUUUAACAUGGCAAAAACAAAGAAUCUGUGGCUGUAAACACCAGUAAUUGUACCGAAUGGCAUUGUUGACAGGAUGAAUUAUAUUUCUCAAAGAAACUAUAGAAUUGAUGUUUAAAAAUUAAAAUGCUAGAAACUCUCAUCUGACAGCAUCUGUGGAGGGAGAAAAAAAAAGUUCAUGUUUCAGGUUGAUGGCCUAACAUCAGAACAGAGGUUUUGAGGUCAUGCAGAGAGUUAACUUUAGAGAAGUUACAAGAAAUGCUGCAGUGCCCUUUGCAAAGAACAAAGAGCUGCAGGACAAAUAGACAUAGAAAUGUAUCAGGUUUCUUUGUGGGAAACUGGAUUGUAGAUUUAUAUAGACAACGUUUGCUCCUUCCAGAAAUUGUUACUAAGUUUUGAGAAAUUUCAGUUUUUUUCUACCAGUUGAUGGGUGAAUCCUGCAUAUGACUAUUGUCCCAGUCGACAAGCGUAACAAAUAUUAUCUGCCUGUUGCAAGCACUCCCAUUGCUGGCUGCAUAACACCAACCAGUUAGCUGAAGUUGGCAACAAGUAAGUAGGCCGAGGGACCUUUGCAGUGAAAUAUAAGUCAUUUGUAAUCCUGAUUUUUUUUAUGGAAAUAUGUUUCCAUCUGGAGUACACUUGGAGGUGGGAAACAAGUUCCUGCAGCUUUCAAUAGUACAGUAGCUGUUACAUCUCGGGGCAUUGCAUCAAAAAGCUACAGAUCUCUGUAUAGUUAUGUAUGUCAAAACACAUAAUAAGAACAAAUAAGAGGCAAACAUGCCAUUUAUUUGCUUUAACUUGAAUAAGGCAAUUAUUCUAAAAGGUAUCAUAAGUUGUAAAAAUCAUAAAUUAUACUAUGAGUAAGCAGUUGUAUAUAAUGAAAACAGAGUCCAUAUUCGACCGUGUAUUCAUAUGUUUAGUACCACCAACCAACAUGUAUAGUGUUUCCUUGUACAAAAUAGCAUCUAUUUAUUUUGAUAGUAAAUUGGACUUAUUAACCUAAAAUGAGCAUGUUUGCUUGAGCUAUGUUUUAAAUUGUUUUAGUUUACAAGAUGUCUUUUUAAUAUAUACACUUCAGGAAACUUGAUCUUUGAACCAUCUUGCUUUACAAACAUGAUGUUGAUGUGUUCAACUGUCGAAGUUAAAUUGUCUUAUGAAUGUCAGUGUUUUGUGAUUAUAGAUGUAUCUGCUUUCUCCUGUAAUGUUAACAGAACUAAGUCAUGUAGUUAUUCAGAAAUUAAAUACUCUUUAUGGAUUUUGAUGAAUUGGUACAGUAAAAUUGUGAAUUUGCAAUUUUACAUUAGCAUUUCGGAAUUCUAAACUGUAAUCUGCUACACAUUCAUUCCUGUGCUAACCAUUCAGCUGAAUAUUUAUAGUCACCCAGUAGGUGACUCUGAAGCUAUGCUUCCUACAAAUUUGUAUGGAUACCACUUGAGCUUGCAGUAUUUUAAUAGACCAAAAUUUGAGAGAUUUGCUAGCAUAACAAAAUAUCGAAUGCACAAAACCCCCAUUUAACAUUCUACAAUAUGACAGACUUGCAGUUAACUAAUUUUUGAUAGUGAUUUGUUCAAAUCCCUGUUUUAGCCAUUAAUAUCUUUAACUAUUGGCAAAUUUUGGAAAUUAGACCUGUAAAAUAGUUCUGAAGAAGGGUCACUGGACUCACGUUAACUCUGUUUCUCUUUACAAAUGCUGCCAAACUGACUGAGUUUCUCCAGCAAUUUCUGUUCCAGUUCUGGCAACUGGUUGCUUUUGGAUUACUUCAUCCACUCCACUCCUUGGAGUUGACACGUUAUGAGCAAGUCUCCCACAUUGCCAGAUUUUGUUUGUUGAAAUUUUGUGAUUUCUGGCCUUGUGCAUAUCAGAUGCUGAGAAAUUGUAGUAUUAAUACCAAGAUAUUGACAGAUUUAUUUUGAUGCUGUGAACCAAUGUACUUUGAGGCGAAUCAUUGGCUAGAUUUUUACUUUGCAACUGGUACUGUGGAACAACUGAUCAUUGGGGAAAAUACCAGGUGUUUAUUGGUUUCAUUGAAAAUGAAAAUUGGGCUAUUGCCAUAAUAGGUGGCUAUUUCAUAUUGCUGGUUUAAAGCCAUGCAGUAACUUGAAAUCUGUUCCCCUGUUAUUGGCUUUAUAAAAAUAAUGUGUACAUGGAGCCACAUAUUGGUACGGUUUUAAACUUCUUUCUCAUUUAUUAGCAUGUAAAUAAAUCCUACUACAAAUCUCUAACUGAUGAUAUAUGUACUCUUUUUAUUUCCCUUUUACAUUCUCUAUUUUUCAUUUAUUAAAAAUAUUGAUUUGUUGAUC